AUGCCAUCAACUUUCAAGAAUCGAAACCCUCUACCGACUCAAAAGAGCAAAGCAAACCUGCCCACCAAACAAUCCAAAGCCUCAACAUCGACUAAUGUUAGCCAUCCCAAACGUAAACGUGCUACGCCGGCAAUCCGUAAGAAUCGUCGAGAGGCCAAACUCACCUCUGCUGAGCUUGCCUUGGACGACUCCGAUUCUGAAAACAAACCAACAAGCAAAGCAAACCUGCCCAGCAAAGAGUCCGAAGCUUCAACAUUGACUAAUGUUAGUCAUCCCAAACGUAAACGUGCUACGCCGGCAAUCCGUAAGAAUCGUCGAGAGGCCAAACUCACCUCUGCUGAGCUUGCCUUGGACGACUCCGAUUCUGAAAACAAACCCAGCGGAAGCGGAAGCAUUUUCACUCAAUUUCUAUUUCUUUCGAUCCAAUUCACUUUAUCCGAUUGA